AUGCGGUCUUAUCUGUUGGCAUCACCUGCUGCAAGUAGCAUCUAUCGGUGCCCACCUGCCUGCUUCCGCCUGCCUGCUUCCGCCCGCCUGCUCCCGCCUGCCUGCUUCCGCCUGCCUGCUUCCGCCUGCCUGCUUCCGCCUGCCUUCUUCCGCCUGCCUGCUCCCGCUUGCCUGCUUCCGCCUGCGUGCCUCCGUCUCCGUUUUCCCGCUUCCCCCCAAACCGCCCACUGCGAUUCACUCGUGCACGCAAAGUUCCACACCAUUAGCACCGCAAUGGACCUGCGAGAAACGGUUUCGCUGCCCCUGCCACCGUCGCUCCGUUCGCGCCUCCUCGCCGCCGGCUUUCUCACGGUCGCGGACUUCCACACGCUCAAACCGGAGGACCUCGCGCGAGAUGCGUCUCUGUCCCUGGAGGACGCGAAGCACGUGCUGGGAGUGGCAGCGGGGAGCAUUCAGACGAGCGUCAUUCCCACCGCUGCUGGCAUUGCUGGAGCCCGAUCAGCAUGGGAGUUAUUGGAGGCAGAGAGGGGCAGGGGCAGGGUGCAGACGAUGUGUGCUGAGCUGGAUGCGAUGCUGGGAGGGGGUGUGGCUCUGCAGGAACUCACAGAGAUAUGUGGGCCUCCAGGAGUUGGCAAGACACAGCUGGGCAUGCAGCUGGCAAUCAACGUGCAAACACCUGCUGUGCUGGGAGGGGUGGAGGGCGAAGCAGUCUACAUCGACACAGAGGGGAGCUUCAUGGUGGAACGAGCAGCAGAGAUGGCCGACGCUUGGGCAGCACACUGCAACGCUGCUGCCGCUGCCAUAGAUGCACCUGCCCCAGAUGCCACCGCCCUUGCAGCAGUGGCAUCGAAGGCGUCGAGAGCAGCAGCGCUGGCAGGGGUGCAUUACCUGCGAGUGUAUGACCACACGGAGCAGACUGCUCUCGUGCACUCUCUGCCGCACCUGCUUGCUCUGCACCCCAAGCAGGCAGCACUUGUGCACUCUCUGCUGCACCUGCUUGCUCUACACUCCAAGGUCAAGCUAGUGGUGAUUGACAGUGUGACAUUCCACUUCCGCCACGGCUUCACAGACAUGGGUCUGCGCGCGCGCCUGCUGGCCUCCAUGGCAAGGGAGCUGCUUGCCAUUGCGGAUGAGCACAACGUUGCUGUGAGCCCUCUCCUUAUGGAUGUGCUGCAUUCUAUUCUAGUACCUGUCCUAUGCUCCCACCCUCCUCGCCUGCUGGUCUCCAUGGCAAGGGAGCUGCUCGCCGUUGCUGACGAGCACAACGUUGAUGUGAGUGGGGCGUAG